ACCCAAUUUUUCAUAUUGUUUCCAACACAAAAACAUGGAACAACACUGUCGUUGUGCUAGUUUUGGAAGCAACUUCAGUAAGGCAAAGCCUUAUUUGUUAACGGUCGGACUUCAGUUUGGGUUCGCCGGAGCUCUCAUCUUCUCCGUCGCCAGUCUCAACCAUGGAAUGAAUCGUUACGUUUUCGUCGUCUAUCGUAAUGCCAUCGCUGCUUUGGCCCUGGCUCCUUUUGCAUUGAUUUUUGAGAGGAAAAUUAGGCCGAAGAUAACACUCCCUGUCUUCUUGCAGAUAAUGGCACUCGGAUUUGUGGAACCAGUGAUUGACCAGGGCUUCACUUUCUUGGGAAUGCAAUACACAUCAGCUUCGUUUACCUCUGCCAUAAUGAAUGCCGUGCCUUCUGUGACUUUUGUGCUAGCCGUAAUUCUAAGGUUAGAGCGUGUAAAUGUUAAGGAAGUAAGGAGCCUAGCGAAGGUGAUUGGGACAUUGGUCACAUUUUCAGGUGCUUUGCUAAUGACACUUUACAAAGGUCCUGAAUUUAACCUAUUUCAUUCUGCAAACGCAACCCAAAACCAAGACGGAACUCACUCUCCACAAGUUGUUAAACAUUGGCUCUCAGGGACUCUUUUUCUUCUCCUGGGUUGUGUGGCUUGGUCAUCUUUCUUCAUUUUACAGUCCAUAGCACUGAAAAGGUAUCCAGCAGAAUUGUCUCUCUCUUCUUUGGUGUGCUUAUCUGGUGCCGUGCAAGCUAGUGUGGUGGCAAUUAUUGCCACUCGUCAUUCUGGGCUUGCGGCAUGGGCCUUGGGCUGGGACUUCAGACUCUACGGCCCUCUCUACACGGGAAUUGUUACCUCUGGAAUAACGUAUUAUCGCAAGGGUUGGUGUUGCAAAGCAGGGGCCCCGGUAUUUUUAACUGUCCUUUAAUCCUCUUU